AGUGAGGGAGAGAGAGAGAGAGAGAGAGUAGUUUUCUCUGACAUUAUAGAGACUCCUACCACCUACUGUAGGUUACUUUUUUUCCUCCCGGCGACGUCCUCUGCUAAGUUGCGCUCCUGGAUUUUAAGUGCGUCUUGGCGAAGUCCGUCCCCAUCAAGCAGCGGCUUCAACCUUCCUGUCAAUCGGCCGGACCAGACAGCCGGCGGACCGCUUGUUGUAUCUUUCACUUCACCCGGACAAGAUUUCAUGCGAAAUAAAGUACGGAUGCUGGAAUCUUUGAGUUGAUUGGAACAAAUAGAAAGCAGAAAAAAAGAGACAGAUAAAGGAAGAGCAGAAGAGUGAAGGGAAAGAAGAAGAGAAAGAAGACGAAAGAGGAGAGAAAAGAAAGCAUAAAGUUCUUUAGAAAGAGGAGAGAAAGAAAGAGACGGGGACGAUGGGGAGGAAAAAGAUUCAGAUCACGCGGAUUAUGGAUGAACGCAACAGACAGGUGACAUUUACAAAGCGAAAGUUUGGCCUGAUGAAGAAGGCGUAUGAGCUGAGUGUGCUGUGUGACUGUGAGAUUGCCCUGAUCAUCUUCAACAGCACCAACAAGCUGUUCCAGUAUGCCAGCACAGACAUGGACAAGGUCCUGCUUAAAUACACCGAGUACAACGAGCCCCAUGAGAGCAGGACCAACUCCGAUAUUGUGGAGACAUUGAGAAAGAAGGGCCUAAAUGGCUGUGACAGCCCAGACCCCGACGCAGACGACUCGGUCGGCCACAGCCCCGAGUCCGAGGACAAGUACAGGAAAAUAAACGAGGACAUUGAUCUGAUGAUCAGCAGACAGAGACUGUGUGCAUUAAGCAAGAAGGAGAACAAAGGCGGCGAGAGCCCGGAGCUCGAGUCUGCUCUCAUCCUCACCCCACGCACUGAGGAGAAAUACAAACAGAUAAACGAGGAGUUUGAUCACAUGAUUAAAACUCAUAAGAUACCUCAGGCCGUGCCCCCAUCAAACUACGACAUGCCCGUGUCCAUUCCCGUUAGCAACCAGAACAAUCUCAUUUACAGCCAUCCCGGUGGGUCCCUAGGCAACCACAACCUGUUGCCACUGGCGCACCAUGGCCUACAGAGAAACAGCAUGUCUCCCGGAGUUACACACAGACCCCCCAGUGCAGGUAACACAGGUGGCCUCAUGGGUGCUGACCUCACCACUGGCGCAGGCACCAGUGCUGGAAAUGGAUAUGGGAACCACCGCAACUCGCCUGGUCUGCUGGUCUCUCCAGGUGGCAUGAACAAGAACAUGCAGGCAAAGUCUCCCCCACCCAUGAACUUAGGCAUGAACAAUCGCAAACCUGACCUACGCGUGCUCAUCCCUCCUGGCGCCAAGAACAACAUGCCCUCCAUCAACCAGAGAAUAAACAACUCUCAGUCUGCUCAGUCAUUGGCCACCCCAGUGGUAUCAGUAGCAACUCCCACUCUACCAGGACAAGGCAUGGGUGGUUACCCAUCUGCCAUCUCUGCUUCUUAUGGUACCGAGUAUUCCCUGAACAGUGCAGAUCUGUCCUCCCUGUCCGGCUUCAACAGUGGCAGCUCCCUUCACCUCAGCUCAAUGAGUGGGUGGCAACAGCAACACCUUCAGAACAUGCAGCAUUCAGCCCUCGGCCAGCUAGGAAAUUGCUCUAGCUCUCACUUAUGUCAGGGUUCAAAUCUCUCCCUGCCCUCUGCUCAAAGCCUGCACAUCAAGUCCGAACCUGUUUCUCCUCCUAGAGAUCGCACCAGCAGCACACCGGGGGGCUACGGUGGUGGGGUACCACCUCCCCAGAACCCCUCGUCCCGCCAGGACUCGGGACGCUCCCCUGUUGACAGCCUGAGCAGCUGUAGCAGCUCCCAUGAGGGCAGCGACCGUGAUGAGCACAGGAAUGAGUUCCACUCACCUCUGGGACUGGCCCGGCCCGCCCUGGAUGAUCGCGAGAGCCCCUCCAUCAAACGGGUGCGCCUGUCAGAAGGAUGGGCGACAUGAUAGCUCUGUCCUCUCCCCCGCGGUGCCCCGAGUUGCCCUGAGCCCCCCCCGACAACGCAGCGUUACGAUGCCCCCCAAAUCAGCUCCCUCCUCUUCCUCCUCUCACUCGAUAUCACGAGUCACUCACCACCCAACCCCAUGGCCUCUCUCCUUUUAUCUCUUUAACGCUGAAGGAAAGAAAAAGGGACAACCCUUUUCAAAAAUCUGUUUGUAAUUUCUUUUCCUUUUUUUUAUUUUCUUUUUUCUUUUUGCUGAGUGUGUGCGUGCUAUACAUAUUGACAUUAUAUAAACCAGUGGGGUGUUAUAAUGGGGUUUUGGGAGGGUGGGUGUUGAUUGGGAUGGGAUCAGGGGGUAUUUUUGUUGGGGAACUAUGCAUAAAUUGUAUUGUGUGUGGAUAAAAAGAAUCACGUAUGCAUAUAUCUUUACACGUGUGUGUAUGUGUACAUAUAUGCAUAUCAACAAAUAAACAAAAAAAAUAGUCAGGUACUCUGUUUCAUAAAACGUACUUACAAUUUGCCUCAGCGAUAUAUCAGUGACUAGAGACAAAAAAAGACAGAAAAAAAAAAAAAAAA